CUUCCUGGUAGCUAUCAGAUUCAGAUGCCCUCCUCCCUCUGCCCUUUUCUCUCCCUUUCUUUUCUCUCUCUCUCUCCUCUCUCCAUCAUAAGUACCAUCCACUGUCCACCUCAUCCCAUCUCGUCAUGUUCUACGCUGGCUGGACCAUUGGGUGCUAACACUUGUGUGUCGGUUGCGCCCCGCCGCAAUACAAUACAUUCAUGACCUCGGAGCAGAGGCAACGGCUCUUGGCCCCUGCAGCCUCCAAGGACCCGGUGCCACCCCCAUCGUCAUCCCUUCCUCCCCAGAGGAAGGUUUCCACCGCCUGUUCCAGUUGCCGAUCGCGAAAGGCAAGGUGCAGCGGAACCGCACCAUGCGACUGGUGCACCAAGCAUAAUCUUGCCUGUCGGAUCGACGAAUCGACCGACUCUCGCCGGAAGAUCAACAUCAAGCGCAGAAUCGAGAGCUUGGAGGGCGAUUGCGAUGUCUUGACGCGGAUCCUGGAGAGUUUGCGGAACAGUGGCGUGACGCGGAUGCGCUCUCUGCUACAGCUGAUUCGGAGCAAUGCGUCUCUGGAGGAGCUUCGGCUCUUCGUGGAUGACCGCCUGGCAAAUGCGCGUACCCUCGAUUCCGCACUAGAGGACGAUGAAGUUCCAAUGCCCGAUGACACCGUUUUCAAGAUCCCUCGCAGAGUGAUGGACAUCAAGCGGCUGGCCGAUCAGCCCGUCUUUCGGGUCCCCGCAAAACCGUGGACCAGGGUGACGGACGACGAUGACUUCGUAUCCCAUCUCAUAUCCCUAUACUUCACCUGGCGCCAUUCCUGCUUUCCAUGCAUCGAUCGCGAUCUGUUCAUACGCGACAUGAGAGCCGCAAAGCUCAGUUCCCUAUUCUGUUCGCCAUUCCUAGUCAACGCUGUUCUGGCGGACGCAUGUGCCUACUCCGAUUACGCUGAAGCAUACGAAUAUCCGAGCGACCCGUCCACGAGAGGUACACAUUUUUACCAGGAAGCGAAGAGAUGUUUCGAACAAGAGGACGGCUAUUCAACAAUAGCUACGGUACAAGGACUAACGGUUUUAUCGACCUGUGCAUGUCUAAUGGGGAAAGAUCGACGGGGCUGGAUAUACCAGGGCCAGCUCGCCUUUGCAGCGAAGGAGCUCGAACGUACCCUUGCCUUGACACCACCUGGCCCCGUCACCGACAAGUCUGAAACAGAGCGAGCAAUCGGGGUUACCCUCUGGGGGUUGUAUAUUACCACAAUUGCACACGCCUUUGCUUACCAGAAACCACCGCUGGUCGAGAGACCCCGCUACCCAUACCCACCGAGCUGUCACGAUGACGACAGUCCGCUCUGGCAUCCCUAUCCGCAAGGAGGCGAUGGCCUUGAGGGGCAUUUCAAGUGUUACUUGAACAGCUUGUCUAGCCUUACAACGAUUGUGGAUGAGUGGUGCACAUUACUGUUCGAUGGCUUUACGAAACCCGCUCUCGACGAGAUUCGAGACAUGGCAAAGAAAGCCGAUAGGCUUUUACUGGAGUGGGAGAUGGCACUUCAGCCCUGUCUGAGGAUUGAGUCUGGGCGUGUGAUACUUCCUCACGUACUAUGUCUUCAUAUGUAUUAUCAUGACAUUCGUAUCACCGUAACGGAACUGGCUGGAGCCGCAGUGUACGGAGCAGACAAGUGGUCGAGCCCGGAUCGGCAUCCGGCACAUAUGUCUCUGUCAUCCGCGCGACAGAUCGCCUGGUUGAUGGACGUGCAUCGAUCCUUGUGGGGCAUUGACUUGUUUCCCGCGAGCCACAUUCAGUGGAUUACAGUUUCCAUGUUCACUUUGCUGGGGGCACUUGAUGAUCCUGCCAACCAGGAGGCGUUUGUGGCUCUCACUGCAGCGGCGAAAGUCGCUGCCCGGCGCUGGCCGAUUGCCAAGGGCACCUUGCGAGCGAUCCAGCUGACCGCGCGCAAGAUGGGGGUUAGGAUGCCACCGGAGACUGACGCGCUGUUUCUCGAUUUCGAAAAGGAAAUUUGGGGCGCGAGAGGUCGCAAGGGUCUAAGGAGCCUGUAUCCCAACUUUGCAGUUUUGACAGGAUCCUUGCGGGAUGAAGAGGUAGAGCUAGACAAGUUUCUAGAGAAGGAGGAUGGUGUCGACGCUUCUGAUCUCGAGGAACAGGAGGAAAUUGAGCUAUGACAGCC